GCCACUGGAACCCUUACCAGAAUGUUACAUGUUUAAAACACAUAAGAUUCAAAGGAGUCCAAUUAUAUUAAAAUAUAGUUUUAAAAAGUUUUUUAAUGUUUAUAAACACCAGGUUAACAAAUCCUGAUAUGGAUGGACUAAAGUAUUUGAAGAUUUUUAAAUUCCUUGCACAACAGAAUAUAAAUGGCAGAUUUGGUCCAUACUACUUGGACUUUGAGCAUUUCCCAUUAAUAACAUUUGAAUGCUAGCUUUACAUUUAUAUAGCUCUAUGAUUUAUGAAGCACUUUACUUAUAUUAUCUCAUCUCAUGCCCACAACAAUAUGAGAGAAGUGCUAUUAUUAUCCACAUUUUAUAAACAAGGAAACUGAGGCAGAAACAAUUUGAAUGACUUGACCAGUGGCAUAUCACAGAAUUUAAGCUCAGGUUUUUCUGACCCCAGGCUCAAUCUUCUCUCCACUAUAUCACUGCUUUUAAAGUUAGCAAAGCAUUUUCCAUAUGGUAUUUCAUUUUUACCUCCUCACAACCUUAAGAAGUAGGCAUUAACCUCAUUUUACAGAGAAUAAUCAGGUUCAUAGAGUUUUAAAGUGAGUAGAUUUGCCCAUAACACAGCUAGUGAGGAUCAGAGGUGGGAUUCAAAUCUAGAAAUUCCUGUUGCCCAAUCUGAUUCCUACCCACUGCACCAGGUUAGGUCACAAACAGAAUUCUUCCAACUGGUUAGACUUCAUGAUAUAUACUAAGGGCAAUAAGUUUGGGAAGACAGUUGGUAUAUAUGAAUUAAUAAGUUUUGUUUGUUAACUAAACAAACCCUUCAUUGCCCUCUUACUUUGGUUUCUAGGCAAGAAUUUUGGAUUAUAUACAUUCCUGAAAAACAGAAUUCUUUGUUAUACAAAAAGAAAAAUCUCUGGGGGGACGUGUGGCCUGAGAUAUUAGAAAGUGUGCUCUCCCAGUCUUCAUUGCUAUACAGGGGAAAUGAUGGACUUGACUCAGACUGGUAGAUAUUAAGAAACUUCUCUACCCAGACUGGGUCUGAGGUCUAGAAUUUGGGGUAGAAGACAUCUAUCCUCUUUUGUAGCAGGAAUAUUCAUUUAGGAGUUAGGAUUGUUGCUUUAUCCUGCUCUGAGAAGUUGUUUGUUAUUUACCUACCAUAUGUUGAUUUUGAUUCGACUUUAUCAAUCAAUUACUCAAGAUGUGUUAAUUUUGCACCCAUUAUAUAUGGUAAGUGCUUAUCAUCAUUAGUGACCAAUAUUGUAAUCAAUGAUAAUAUCUUAAUUAUUUAUUAAAUAGCUCUAGACAGUAGCCAUUAGCUAAUCAAUUAUGAUGGCCCUACUGAUUGGGAAAUAUAUUUAUCUUCCUUGCUCUAAGAAGGGGCAAAUCUAUAAUUGUCGUGUAGUCAUGUCUGACUUCAUGGCCCAUUUGGGGUUUCCUUGGCAAAGAUCCUAGAGUGGUUCGCCAUUUCCUAACUCCAGACCCAACAGUCUAUCCACCACACCACCGAGCUGCUCCCAAAUCUGUAACAGAAUGCUCCAAAUAGAUUGGGAAGAUAGUUGGUAUCUAUGUAUUAAUAUGAUUUGUUUGUUAACUGAACAAACCUCCUUCAUUGCCUGCCCCCUUUCCAUGUGUGUCCCUCAAAAAAAUAAUUGCUAGGAGGCAGCUAGGUAAGCCAGUGGAUAAAGGAAUUCCUGGUUUCAAAUCUGGCCUCAGCCAACUCCUAGCUGUGUGGCCCUGGGCAAGUCACUUGCUGUUCUGCCUUGGAACCAUUACUUAGAAUCAAUUCUUAGGUAGAAGGUAGUUUUGCUUCCACUCCCAUGGAAGUUCAGAGAAUAUUUCGAUAGCUUGGGGGUGGUGGGGAUUAAUAUAAUCCUGAUGACUUGAAACUUUUGAGAGCAAGGUUAUUGAUUGACAGACAUUUCUAUAGCCCUUUAAAAACAUUCUCCAAGCCCUCGAAUGAAUAUCAGUUUGCCACAUGAACCCCCCAAUCCUAUUUUUGAGAUUGGUAGCUGUUUAAUAAAAGGCAGUGGAAGUGGGAGAUGAUGAAGUACUCUUAAGAGGAAAACAGCAUCCCUGCCUGCCUCAAGGUUGCUGAGUUAUGUAAGUUGUUUACUGCACUAGUGAUGAAAAGUUCAUUUGCUUCUCUUGCUGGAAACUAUGGACCCCAAAUGUUCAUCGAGAUGGAUAUCGUCCGACUUUUCUUACAGAUGACAGAUGUUUCCAAAGGGAGCUAAGCUAUCUUGUGUACAUCUAGGGUUAAAUGGCACAGGCUUUAGAGUAAUCUAAUUUAACUGAAUAGUUGUUGAAUGCUGUUUUCGCUUUGUUAAUGAAAAUGAGUUGCAGGUGAUAGAAAACCUCCCUAACAAACAGGUUCAUUAAUGAUUAAUCACAUUUCCAAGUCAUUUUCUCGACAGGACAGUCCUUCAGAAAUAAAGUUUCAGGAACCUCUCCAUUCCCCAGGCCACGCCACCUCCAAAAUAGAAUAUUUACUCUUGAAGCUCAUUUGACCAAAUCUUGAAACAUCUUAUUCUUACUCUUAGACUGUGUUGUUUGUAUUAAUUUAUGUGGGGCAUAAUUACUGUCAGAUCUCUUGUGACAAAGAUGGUGUUGCAUACUUUAUUCAUUAGCAUAUUUGUUUCAUUCGCCACUGGUUGGAAUGCUAACAAGACACUUAAAUUAUUAACUCUUGAGAUGACAGAUGUGUAUGUGCAUGAGGGUGCUUCAUUACCCAUAUUUGAGGUGGUUUGUAAUUUGAGAAAGACUAAAUUUCUUGGAUUUGAUACGGGGCCUUCAGAGAGGGAGAAGAAAUUCAUAGAUUUUUUUUUUUAAAGCAUACCAGUAACAACAGAGGGGGAGAGAGAGAGAGACCUGGUGUGAUCCAUUUCCUUCUAAAAUGCUGGAAGUUUUAACAUUUUUCUUUUAAAUGUCAACUCACAUUUCUCUCAGUUUAGUUAUUUUUGAAAUAAGUCCGGGCAUGGCAAAUCCCAGGUGCCUAAUCCUUGAAAUCAUCAACUCUUAAAGAUGUAAGACUUUUAGUCAACUGUUUCUCAGGUGGCAUGAAUAUGAAAUCCCUGCAGGUGGGUUAAUAAACAUUUAUUAAGUCCCUACUGUAUGCCAGCUAGUAUACCAAGCACUGGGUAUACAAAGAAAGGUAAAAGACCAUAGUGUAAUGGAAGCAGAACAUUCCAGCAUCUAUGCACAGGAUAAAUUUUGAGUAAUCAACAGAAGGAAAGCACUGCAAUUAAGAGGCAUCAGGAAAGUCUUCUUCUGGAAGGCAGAACUGUGGCUGGAACUCAGAGGAAGUCGGGGGCAGAGAUGAGGAGAGAAAGAGAACAUUUUGUACCUGAGGAUAUGCUCAGUUAGGAGAUGUAUUGACUUAUUUGAGGGAACAGCAAGGAAGCUAAGGACGCUGGAAGGAUGUCAUAGUCCAUGAAGGGGAAUCCAGUGUAAGAAGUGUAGAAAUAUGGAAGUAGCUACUCACAGCUGGGAAAUAAAUAUCUGUGGAUGGGAUUUGAACCCAGUUCUUUCUUGAUUCCAAGGUUAAUGUCUUAUCCACUCAUCUACACCAAGGGAAACCACCUCACAAAGCAGCUCCUUCCAUAUGGGGCCAAUUGAUUCUCAUUAAACUCUUCCUUAUAUUUAAGACUUUAGCUACUUCCUUUCCACUCAUUGGUGCUAACCCGAGUAACAGCAAUUCUAGGCCAAAAAGAUGAACACAAAUUAUUAUUUUAAAGCAGUGUGACCCAGCCUGGCUUCUGGGGACUUGGGGAGGUAUGAUGAGGUGGUGUUCUUUAUUAGAGAAGAUCUGUCCACUGUGUUUGAACCAGGAAAGUUUAUCACUCACUCCCAAGAUGUUAUAUUUCUAUCACACUGAUAAUCCAUGCCUAUUCCCCUAGACACCCUCAACCUUGAUUUUGGUACGGAUAAGUCUAGGUAGUUCCAUAAUAAGCAAAGGUCUCAGCCACGCUGAUGGUAUUUAGGUCAUUAGAGAAUUCACAUGGCAAGAGACCUUUAGAGGUCAUUGAGCCCAGCCCUCAUUUUACAGAAAAGAAAACAGAACCAGAGAGGAGACUUGGCAAGCAUCCCAGAUGGAGAUCACGGAAUGUGGAGAGUCGGAAAGGUACCUUAAGUGGCCAUCUACUCUAACUCAGUCCUCUUGAAGAAUGCCCACUGUGUCUUCAGCUAAAGGUCAUCUAGCCUCAACUUGAAGACCUCCAGGGAUGAAAAACCCACUGUUGACCUCCAGAGGCAAUCCGUUCCACCAGUGGAUAAAUGUUGUCCUUAGGAAGUUUAUCCUCUGUAACUUCCACCCACCCUUUCUCAUUCUCUCCUUAGGGACCAAGCAGGUCAAGAUCGUCUAAUCUCUCUUCCGCAUGGCAGCCCUUGAAGACAGCUAUCAUGGCUCCCCUGAGUCUUCUUUUCUCCAAGCUAAACACCCCCAGUUCCUUUAACUAAUCCUCAUGAGACAUGAACUUGAGUUAUUAGCAGGAUCAGGAUUUGGAACGUGUCCCUCUGACUGUCCACUGUGCCAUAUUGCCUUCAGAAGUAGUACAUUGUGAGCCUUGGAGCAAAGAGAUGCAGGAAUAGUUUUUCCAGCCUUAUUCCUUCUUUCCUCCCAGAAGACUUUAUAGCUCUGUUGAAACAGGGCUCAAAAACUGUGUGUGUGUGUGUGUGUGUGUGUGCGCGCGCGCGCGCGUGCACGUGAGUGUGCUUCCUGAUUUGUGCUGGAUUGUCAAUUGCCAAGAUUCGGGGAACAUCAAGCCAUCGAUUCAACCUGUCGCCUUUUGCAAAUAUUUGCCCAAAGAAAUUAGUGUAACAACAAAGUUGCAAAAUGGGAGAGAGAUCAGCUUGACUUUAAAAUUAGUUUCAAAGUUACUGUUGCCUGCAAAGAGGCUAGUAAGAAAACAAAAAUUUUGAAAAAGAGUUUCUGCCUAUGUUAUUCUCGGGUUCAAAGUGUACUUUCAAUGACCUAAAUACUGUCACCAUUUCUGAGAAGUUUGGUUCUUGUAAAGGUGCCUGGCUCAUUUGUAUUAAAAAAGAAAAAAAGUUGCAAGUGUAUCAUGGGUAGUUGUUAAGUCUGUUGUCCUGAUUUUUUCAUUCCUCUUUCCGAUAAUGUGGCUUUACGUUUUAAAAAAAUCUAGGCACGUGUAAAGUCCAUAUAGUCAUCAAAGUGUGUGAAAUUUUUGUAUGAUGUAACUGAAACCCAGAUGCAAAUCCUAAUGAGCGAGACCUGAGUCUUCUAAAGCAACCACACCUGUUUAGUAAACCAGAAGAGUUUCAACGUCUACACCAAAAGCCAAACGUAGAGUCCUGACUUGAGUGCACAGGGAGUUUUCAUAAUGGAAUGUUCACCCUUGCAGAAGUUGCCUCUCUCAAUGACAUUCAGCCUACUUACCGUAUCCUGAAACCAUGGUGGGAUGUAUUUAUGGAUUAUCUGGCUGUCGUUAUGUUGAUGGUCGCCAUCUUUGCGGGAACUAUGCAGCUUACCAAAGAUCAAGUGGUCUGCCUGCCAGUGUUGCCAUCCUCCGUCAAUUCAAAAGCACACCUCGCAUCUGGAAGUGCUGACGUGACCACUGAUGUUCCGAAGUUUGAGGUCACCACGGACCAAGGCCAAGGCCGCUGGAUGACCAAAGGCGCGUCCUUUGAUGAGGCAUCUACCUUAACGCCCGGCCUGCCCCUCAGCAGGGCUAGCUCCCCUCCCACAGAUUCCCCGGUCCCUAAUCAAGAGAUGAGGAAGGAGAUCAAAGAUCCUACGGGUCGGAAAACGAACUUGGAUUUCCAGCAAUACGUAUUUAUUAAUCAGAUGUGUUACCAUCUUGCUCUUCCGUGGUAUUCCAAGUAUUUUCCCUACCUUGCUCUAAUUCACACUAUCAUCCUCAUGGUCAGCAGCAACUUUUGGUUCAAAUACCCCAAAACGUGCUCGAAAGUGGAACAUUUUGUUUCUAUAUUAGGAAAAUGCUUCGAAUCUCCUUGGACUACAAAAGCGCUGUCCGAAACGGCGUGCGAAGACUCGGAGGAGAACAAGCAGAGGAUCACCGGAGCCCAGUCUCUCCCGAAGCACGUGUCCACCAGCAGCGACGAGGGCAGCCCCAGCGCCAGCACCCCCAUGAUCAACAAAACGGGCUUCAAGUUUUCGGCCGAGAAGCCCGUGAUCGAGGUCCCCAGUAUGACCAUCCUGGACAAAAAAGAUGGCGAGCAAGCCAAGGCCCUGUUUGAGAAGGUGAGGAAGUUCCGUGCUCACGUGGAAGACAGUGACUUGAUUUACAAGCUCUACGUCGUCCAGACCGUCAUCAAGACGGCCAAGUUCAUUUUCAUCCUCUGUUACACCGCCAACUUUGUCAAUGCCAUCAGCUUCGAGCACACGUGCAAGCCCAAAGUGGAGCACCUGACCGGCUACGAGGAGUUCGAGUGCACCCACAACAUGGCUUACAUGUUGAAGAAGCUCCUCAUCAGUUACAUCUCCAUCAUCUGCGUCUACGGCUUCAUUUGUCUCUACACGCUCUUCUGGUUGUUCCGCAUCCCUCUGAAGGAGUAUUCCUUCGAGAAGGUGCGGGAGGAGAGCAGUUUCAGCGACAUCCCCGACGUCAAGAACGACUUUGCGUUUCUCCUGCACAUGGUGGACCAGUACGACCAACUGUACUCCAAGCGCUUCGGCGUCUUCUUGUCCGAAGUCAGCGAGAACAAGCUGAGGGAGAUCAGCUUAAACCACGAGUGGACCUUUGAGAAACUGCGGCAGCACGUGUCCCGCAACGCCCAAGACAAGCAAGAACUGCACCUGUUCAUGCUCUCGGGGGUCCCUGACGCUGUGUUCGACCUCACGGACCUCGACGUGCUCAAGCUGGAGCUCAUCCCCGAAGCCAAGAUCCCCGCCAAGAUCUCCCAGAUGACCAAUCUGCAGGAGCUCCAUCUCUGCCACUGCCCCGCCAAGGUGGAGCAGACGGCGUUCAGCUUCCUCCGAGAUCACUUGAGAUGCCUUCAUGUCAAAUUCACCGACGUGGCCGAGAUCCCCGCCUGGGUGUACUUGCUCAAGAACCUCCGCGAGCUCUACUUGGUGGGCAACUUAAACUCCGAGAACAACAAGAUGAUCGGCCUGGAGUCUCUGCGCGAGCUGAGGCACCUCAAGAUCCUGCACGUGAAAAGCAACUUGACCAAAGUCCCAUCCAACAUCACAGAUGUGGCCCCGCAUCUCACCAAGCUCGUCAUCCACAACGACGGCACCAAGCUCGUGGUACUCAACAGCCUUAAGAAGAUGAUGAAUGUAGCCGAGCUGGAGCUCCAGAACUGCGAGCUGGAGAGGAUCCCUCACGCCAUUUUCAGCCUCUCCAACUUGCAGGAGCUGGACCUGAAGUCCAAUAACAUACGCACAAUCGAGGAAAUCAUCAGUUUCCAGCAUUUGAAAAGACUGACUUGCUUGAAAUUGUGGCAUAACAAAAUCGUGAACAUUCCCCCUUCCAUUACCCACGUCAAGAAUCUGGAGUCCCUUUAUUUCUCCAACAACAAGCUCGAGUCCUUGCCCGCGGCAGUGUUUAGUUUACAGAAACUCCGAUGCUUAGACGUAAGCUACAACAACAUUUCGGUGAUCCCCCUAGAAAUAGGGUCCCUCCAGAACCUGCAGCAUUUGCAUCUGACCGGGAACAAAGUGGACCUUCUGCCCAAACAGUUGUUUAAAUGCGUUAAAUUGAGGACUUUGAGUCUGGGGCAAAACUGUAUCACCUCGAUCCCAGAAAAAAUCGGUCAGUUAUCACAGCUCACUCAGUUGGAACUGAAGGGAAACUGCUUAGACCGCCUGCCAGCCCAACUGGGGCAGUGUCGACUACUCAAGAAGAGCGGACUGGUGGUGGAAGACCACCUCUUUGACACUCUGCCGACGGAGGUCAAAGAAGCCUUGAACCAAGACACAAACGCCCCCUUCGCAAACGGGAUCUAAACGGAGAGCGCACGUUCCCACGCCAGUGGCUGGGAAAGACUUCCUAGAUUGCAAAUGCUGGGGUACAAGUUAUUGCAAGAUGAUGAUGCAUUAGGAGGAGAGACAUCUUUAAAGGAGAGAGAAUGAGAGAGUGAGAGAGUGAGAAUGAGUAGAAGUCUGAUAGGAGAUCCAACCGAGUGUUCAGUGUUCGUAGUGUUUUAAGACAACAUUUCCAAAUCUUUUUUUUCCUUUUUCUUUCCUUUCUUUCUUUUUUUUUUGUGGGAAGGGAAAGACGAAUUAUAAUCACUAAUCUCAAUUUCUUUUUAAAUUGUAACUUGGAUGCUGCCGCUGUUGAAUGUUUACAAAUUGCUUGCCUGCUAAAGUAAAUGAUUAAAUCCACAUUUUCUUACUCUAUAACUCUUUCCUUAGGUGUCUGUAUUUAUUUGGGAGCUGAUGGAUAGACCCAUAGUUGAAUUAAAUAAAGCCCCUAAAAGCCUA